UGAGCUGUAUUUUACUUGCUUGUUUGACUACUGCAAGAAAAGGAUGAAAGCUCAAUCCAUUGCUUAAAAAUGCUUGUCGGCCGAGCGCGCCCUAGCUCUGGAGCGUACCAGUGGAGCGCUUCCUGAAAAGGAUUGCUCUUACCUGCUAAUGUCUACCACGUAUUCAUUUCCUUGAAAUUUAAAGUAAAGUACUCAUGAAUUUGCCUGGUCUGGCUAUUAUGCACAUAGUUGGUCAGCUUUCUAUGGUCAUUCGAAAACAGACAAUCAUAAGAGAGCUGUGAUGUCUCUUUGGAAAAAAAUCAUUACAACAAACCAACGAUUGAUGAUUCUUUCUUUGCAAGCAUAGUAUUCUUUAAGAGUUGGACUAGACUGUUUGUUUUGUUUAUGAUAUUUUAGAAGUAUAUUGGCUCAAAAUCAAACCAAGGACUUGUGGCUGGUUUGAUUUUGAUGGCCCAUGAGGAAAAAGAGAGGCAGUGCAGUUGUGUGAUCGCUGGUGAGUAUCUGUGUUCUCCUACCCACUGGAAAACACAGGAUAACUUAAGUGCCUCAGGUUCCAAAAUUCUGGAAUCUAGCAACUUGCUUUGUCGUGUGUGCCAAUGUGCAGAAUCUGACAUAAGAGGAGAUGCUGUCUUAUGCUUGUUGGAUAUUUCCCUUCCAUCAGAAGCGAUUUCUAAAAUAAAUAAGCUUGAUGAAUUGGCCGAGACGUUUCCCAAAAGAGCUGCUGCAAAAGAUGUAAAUGAUGGUGGGAAAGAAGCUGAGUUAAUUGAGUUCAUUAGCCCUGAUGGUGAGGUUUUUGUGUGCUCCGAACUGGAGUCAAGUUCAUAUGAUUUUCAAAACACACUCGUUAAUCUUGGGUGUUCUUGCAAAAAUGAUCUUGCUCUUGCACACUAUUCUUGUGCAUUGAAGUGGUUUAUUAGUCAUGGAUCUACUAUUUGUGAAAUAUGUGGAACUGUAGCAAAAAAUAUAAGACAUACAGACUUUGUAAAGGUAGUGGCUUCUUUGAAGGAAUAUGAAUCAUUACGGGAAAAGACUGCUAUGGGUGAGCUUGCACAUAUCCAUGCGGGGACAAAUUCAGGUGUAGAUCCUGAUGCUUUAGCUGCUGUUAGGAGACAGAGACUGAACGAAGUAUCAUUUUGGUUCAAUCCCCAAAAUAAUGCAGUUGCAGUUCCUCAAGAAGCUAUAGCGGACCAGCCAUCAAAUGUUCCCACUGAAAGUAUUGUUGCUGUGGAAAAUCCAACAACAACAUGGGCAGUGGAAGGUACUGGGAUCCUUGUUGCCACGGGUUUGCUAACUGUAACUCUUGCUUGGCUUAUUGCUCCUCAUGUUGGGAAGAAAACUGCAAGAAAUGGUUUUCAUAUUCUUCUUGGAGGUAUAAUUGCUUUGACAAUAGUGAUCUUCCUUAGAUUUGACUUGGGACCUGACAACGGCUGUGUUUUAAAAGGGAAAGGAGCAUGAGGCUACCAAGUAUAUCCUAUGUUGAUAUGGUUGUUCUAUCAAGAAUCAAGUAUGGUCCGGCCAGGUAUUGGCCAAUACUAAUUGUAUUCUGGUUUAUUGUUUUUGGUAUCUGGGCUUCCAGAACUCGUGGUGCUCACAAUGCAUGAAACCUAUAUUGUUUUUAUGUUCUUUUUAAAAUUUAAAAAAAUUUAUAUAUUUUUCUUUUCUUUUCUGCUGUAGUGAUUUAGCUGUGCCGUAUUGCUUUUACUACUCCUUUUGUAUGAUAAUAUUCUUGUACCAAGUGGUUAUUGUUGUUUAUAGUUUCAA